GAGUCGCGGAGCCGGCCGCACCGCGCCGCCGCUGCGGGGCCAUGAUCCGGAACGGGCACGGGGCGGCAGGCGGUGCACAGCCGCCGGGUCCGGAAGGCAGGCGCGCCGUGCGAGUGUGGUGCGACGGCUGCUAUGACAUGGUGCAUUACGGUCACUCUAACCAGCUGCGCCAGGCACGGGCCAUGGGCGACUACCUCAUCGUGGGUGUGCACACCGAUGAGGAGAUCUCCAAGCACAAGGGGCCCCCGGUGUUCACUCAGGAGGAGAGGUACAAGAUGGUGCAGGCCAUCAAGUGGGUAGACGAGGUGGUGCCGGCGGCUCCCUACGUUACCACGCUGGAGACACUGGACAAGUACAGCUGCGACUUCUGUGUCCAUGGCAAUGACAUCACGCUGACCGUAGAUGGCCGUGACACCUACGAGGAAGUGAAGCAGGCUGGGAGGUACAGAGAGUGCCGGCGCACCCAGGGCGUGUCCACCACGGACCUCGUGGGCCGCAUGUUGCUGGUGACCAAGGCCCACCACAGUGGUCACGAGAUAUCCUCUGAGUACCGGGAAUAUGCAGACAGCUUUGGUAAGUGCCCUGGGGGGCGGAACCCCUGGACAGGGGUGUCACAGUUUCUGCAGACAUCUCAGAAGAUCAUCCAGUUUGCUUCCGGGAAGGAACCUCAGCCAGGGGAGACGGUCAUCUACGUGGCCGGCGCCUUCGACCUGUUCCACAUCGGCCAUGUGGACUUCCUGGAGAAGGUGCACGGCCUGGCAGAGAGGCCAUACGUCAUCGCCGGCUUGCACUUUGACCAGGAGGUCAACCACUACAAGGGGAAGAACUACCCCAUCAUGAACCUGCAUGAGCGGACCCUGAGCGUGCUGGCCUGCCGGUAUGUGUCAGAAGUGGUGAUCGGGGCCCCCUAUGCGGUCACAGCAGAGCUCCUGGACCACUUCAAGGUGGACCUGGUAUGUCAUGGGAAGACGGAAAUCGUGCCUGACAAGGACGGCUCAGAUCCUUACCAGGAGCCUAAGAGAAGGGGCAUCUUCUGUCAGAUCGACAGCGGGAAUGACCUUACCACGGACCUCAUCGUCCAGCGCAUCAUCAAGAACAGGCUAGAGUAUGAGGCCCGGAACCAGAAGAAAGAGGCCAAGGAGCUGGCUUUCCUGGAGGCCAGGAGGCGGCAGGAGAUACAGCGCGAGAGGGAGAGCGACUGUGACUUCUGA